GCGCUCCACGCCCGGCCCCGCUCUGUGCCCUUGGCAGCAGCAGCGCCCGCCGCGGCCAUGGCGGCCUGGCCCACCGUGCCCCUCCUCAUCAACCUCGGCGGGUCGCUGCUGGGCUUCGGGGCCACUCUCACGCUGAUCCCGGCCUUCAAGGACCACUUCCUCGCCGCGCGGCUCUUCGGUGAAGACCUCAACAAGGCCUCGCGGCGGCCAGUCCCCGAAGCACAGGGCGUGAUCAGCGGGGCCGUGUUCCUGAUUAUCCUCUUCUGCUUCAUCCCCAUGCCCUUCCUGAGGUGCUUCGUGGAGGAACAGUGCGCAGCCUUCCCUCACAAUGAGUUCGUGGAGCUCAUCGGUUCGCUCCUCGCCAUCUGCUGCAUGAUUUUCCUGGGCUUUGCAGAUGAUGUUCUGAACCUGCGCUGGCGCCACAAGAUCCUUCUUCCUACCAUGGCUUCCCUCCCGCUGCUCAUGGUGUACUUCACUAACUUUGGGAACACGACCAUUGUGGUGCCUAAGCCUUUCCGGGUGCUGCUGGGCAUGCACCUGGAUCUGGGUAUCCUCUACUAUGUGUACAUGGGUCUGCUAGCAGUGUUCUGCACAAACGCCAUCAACAUUCUUGCUGGAAUUAAUGGAAUUGAAGCAGGGCAGUCUCUGGUGAUAGCCGCUUCCAUUAUAAUAUUCAACAUUAUAGAGUUAAAUGGGGAUUAUCGAGAAGAUCAUAUUUUUUCUCUCUACUUCAUGAUUCCCUUUUUUUUUACCACCCUGGGGCUGUUUUACCACAACUGGUACCCAUCUCGAGUGUUUGUUGGGGACACUUUCUGCUACUUCGCCGGCAUGACCUUCGCAGUGGUGGGGAUCUUGGGGCACUUCAGCAAAACAAUGCUCCUUUUUUUCAUCCCACAAGUGCUGAACUUCAUCUACUCUUUGCCUCAACUCCUCCAGGUCAUUCCUUGUCCCCGUCACCGGCUGCCAAGGCUCAAUCCUAGUACGGGGAAGUUGGAGAUGAGUUACUCCAAAUUCAAAACAAAGAGCCUGUCUGCCCUGGGAACAAACACUCUGAAGGCAGUCCAGAUCUUGCACAUAGUAGAUGUGAGGAGUGGAACGGAUGAAGAUGGUGAAUACACCGAGUGCAAUAAUAUGACACUUAUUAACUUCGUUAUAAAGCUGAUUGGACCCACCCACGAGCGAAAUCUCACUCUCCUGUUGCUUCUCAUUCAGGUCCUGGGCAGCACAGUUGCUUUUUCAAUCCGGUACCAGCUAGUGCGCUUGUUUUACGAUGUCUGACUGGGCUGUUGGGAGUAAGGGAAAGAGUUGUACCUGCCAGUCCAUUUUCUCCGGUUGCUGACCAAACGAUUGAACCAAUCUUACUCUGGCCCUCUGAGAACCUCAGGAUACCUCUCAAAAUGCAAGCAACUGCUCUCCAUGGGCCAGUCCUGAACCGUAAUAAUCUUUUCUCUGCACGCAGAAGGCUUUUGUCUGAUUCUGCUGAUGGAAAAGAUUCACUGCUACCUGGACAUCGUUGUUACUGGGAAUACCUUUCAGAGGGGAAGUCAAGGACCCACGUGUUUACUCACAGCACUUAGGGAAAGCAGGAAGGGUGAAAUCUCUGUACAUCUAACAAGCAUGUUACUCUUCCCCAACAGAGAAAACAGGAACUUCGGUUUUUAUGAGACUGUACAGCAGAACAAGUAAACCAGAAUCCACUCGUGGCUCCUGCCUUUGGUCUGGGGCUAUAGAGUAACAUGUUAUAAACCACACCCAAAACGUCAAAGUGCUCUGAGAAUAAAAUAACUCGUGGUGCCCUUUCCCCUUCA